AAACCACGGUUGCAUGCACCCACUUUAACCAUUAUUGCGCAAUCGCGCCCUAUGAGGCGAUCCUCGAAGAGAUUCAUAAUCCACCAAGCGGCCGCAAAGGCAUCAAUCUCGAACCAACACCAAUAAUUACACCUCCCUCAUCCAGUGAAAGGGCGCUCAGCCUCAACAACUCAAGAUGCCGCUCGUGCUCAGUAAAGUCACGGAGCAGGACCUCCUCGCCUUCACGCACAUCUGCAACGCCGCCUUCAACACCGGCAUGGCCUCCAAACUCGUCCCGAAGCCCAUCACCUCCGAGAAAUUCGCAUCGCAAGUGGAGAAGCACCGGCAUUCUUUCUUGAACGACGCCGACGUCACGCACCUCAAAGUCAUCGACACCGAUAUCGAGCCAAAUGCGGAGACGGGCCAGAUGAUCGCGUGCGCGAAGUGGAGGAUUAAUCUGAAGGAGCGGACGGUGGAAGAGGUGGAAGCGACGUUGCCGAAGCCGCCGGAGGGAGAGGGGGCGCAGGAGGGUGGAAGGGGGCUGGCGGAGAGAGAGUUUGUGACGUAUCUGGCGACUUCGAGGAGGGAGUGGAUGGGGAGGAGGCCGUUUUAUUUCCUCCAUCUCCUCGUCACUCUCCCACACCAUCAUCGCCGCGGCGCAGGCACUCUGCUGCUGAAAUGGGGUCUGGAUCAGGCUGAUGCGGCAGGCCUACCGACUUAUCUUGAAGCAUCGGAGAUGGGGCGCCCAUUGUAUGCAAGGUUGGGGUUUGAACCCAAGAAAGAGACGCGGUUUGAUUUGAGUAGGUAUGGGGGGUCAGAGGGGGUGGAGAUCAAUACGGCGAUGGUUAGGCCGGUACCGUCUUAAAGCAUUGAAUUUUGGUCAUGGUCACAUUAUUAUGGCUCACGCUAAUAUGAAAUUGGGCGAUCUCUGAUAUCUUCACCGUGAUGGAUUGUGAGAAGAUGGACCUCCUA